AUGAACCCUUCCUAUAUUCAGAUGGGUGUAAUAAACUCGCCGACUGAUACCGUCAAUGCAUUAUCCUUUACGAUCGAUGGACGUUAUUUGGCCAGCGCCAGCGACGACAAAACGGUGCGGGUUCAUGAUAUAGAACGUGGGUUGUCAAAAGUUUGGGAACACAAAGGCGCCUACCCCUACACUGCUGUCGCAUGGAAAAACAACAUCCUAUUUAUCGGUGAUGAGGGAGGGGUAGUUAUGUGCUCUUAUCCCACCUUGAAGUGGCCACAUCGACGAACAAAUGAGGUCAUACACGAAGCCUCUUCACCUGUCGCGGUUAUGGAAAUCAACGAGAGUGGUGAUCGCCUCCUUGUCUGUUCGGGUGCCGACGUUUUACUUUUUAAGAAACACAGUUCCGGAGUAUGGCGAUAUACAGACCGCCUGCCACGCCCUGCAUUUGGUGAGACUGAGAAUUUUGUCCGACCUCCGAUUCUGGCGACAGGCGUGCAUUUCCUCAAGAAUGAUAACGAAUGUCUCAUUGGAUACUAUCACCAUGGGUUUUGGAAGUGCGACAUCAAAGCUUGGGAGACCACUUGUAUCUGGGGUCCAGACGAGAAAAUAGGAACUUCAGCUAAAUCCCCAGACUCGACUUCAUUGGUGGCGACAAAUGUACGCAGUGGUCUGGAUUGGUUCAGGAAUACGUCUCAAGACUUCAAGAAAAUCAGCACUUCGUCUGAAGUCCAAGAACUCAAGUCCAAUAUACCUCUUCUCACUCUCUUUAUCAACGAAGGUCAUGCGGCGAUAAUGGGUACAACAAAGGGAUACGCGGUGAUAUUUGAUGCAAAACACGGGAGAAGAAUCCAGACUUUGAAGCACGGAACGGACCAGUCGUGGGUUACAGCCUUGGCUUAUGUCGAAUCUGUACCACGUCGUCGUCGAAUGAUAGCCACUGGAGAUGGUAAUUGUGGGCAGCAUACACAAAUCCUACUGUGGAUUGAAGACAAGGACACUCCCGCCAAGGUUCCUAGCAAGUUGUGGGUUGCUCUACCGAGACUUGUAGGUAUACAGGUCGCCGCAACUGUAACCGUUUCCCGUAUGAUUCUCGUAGCAAUGGGUAUAACCUUCGCCUUAUUGCUGUUAUUCCCCUCACAAUGGUCAGUGGACGAUGUUUCGAAGAUGCUAGGAUCUCCUUCCUCCGCACCUUCCUCUUCCUCCGCACCUUCCUCUUCCUCCGCACCUUCCCCUUUCCCGUUACCCGGUGGACACUCACUUCGGAAGACAAGAUUCAAACAGAUACUAGGCAAUUUGGAAGAGCUGAUCCUGUUCGGUCUUAACAGUUAUGAAGCAAGGGCUGUAGUAUUACUUCUAGGGUAG